AGGCCUCUUGAACGGACUGACAUAACCAUUGUAGGCCUCGGGUGAAUCCGAUGCGUGCAGCCGCCUAAUUCCUCAGGCAUCCAACGGUCGGAGCCUUGUCACCCCACAUUUUGCUCAGUGUCUCCAGGUACACUCUCACGUGAUCACGCCGGUUCCGUAGCUACGAUUGGCCGUGGGUGCCAAGCAUCUCAGCGCCCCAAACUCAAAGGGAUACCUAGCUCGGCAAGCAACACUUGCCAUUCAACAACGUCGUAAAAAAGCGACUUUCGAUCUUCCAUCACCAUCCCUAUCUCACCCACCACCGUCCCUGGCCCCCUGCCGAGAGCCUGCUGCCAAUACCAUCCACGAUAUUACCAGACCGCGACCAACGUCACAGGCCUUACAAGCAGCAGCCCUCGUUACUUCGUUACCCCAGCAGAGAUCCGCAAAGAGACGGGAGAGAGAGAGACCCCUCUGCCGUACCACACACGUCUACAGAAUACCUAGUAGCGCCUCGCGCUCCCCCCUUCACCACCAAAAAAAGAGUCGCUCUGUCCCGCCUUGCCCUGGAUAGCAGCACCGGCGAUUCCACACAUAAAUUCCUACCUGGUAAUCCAUGGUCCCCCACUCCAAGAAGGGAACCUUCACACCCAAUCCCAAUUCUGCCUCCCAGCCCCUCCACACUGGCCUCGCCCACUCGCAGAGUCCCUCCCAUCAUCACGGUGCGCUGAGUUCGGGUGCCAACCCCAGUACCAGCAGCCCCACUGGCUCCAGCUCCCUGGCCAAGAUUGCAGUUGCCCAGGUUCUCCUGCUCCUGAGCACCAUCAAAGAGGACAAGGGCGAUCCGAGAAGGUGGAAGUCACAGACUGACGCUUUGCAAAAGCUUAUCCAUGAGCACGGCAUGGAUGUCUAUUCGAGAUACUUCACGCGCCUGGUGGCCUCCAAUGCCUCUCAGAUCUUCCCCGGCGCGGGGCGGCCAGUAGCGAAUUCCAACAAUAACAACAUGCAACUCCUUGUUGCCGAAAUGGAGCUGCUUGCCAGAGACUUCAGCCAAGCGAGGAAGAUCGCCGAGUCGAUCGAGACCGGCACCGAAGAUAUAUUCCACACUUUUGACUUGUCGACUUUUAUGGAACACUUCCAACUCGAUGCCCUCGAAAAGACACUGUUGGCCCUGGCCUUCAAACUAGGUAGCAGGGUUGACCUGAAGACCAAAGCGGAUGCCAUUUUGUCUACCAACUACCCAACCUUUGUGAAUAUCUUGAGUCGACCGACUGGGGAACACAUGGACAUGCCCGCCGAAUUCGUUGCCGAACUGCUCGACCGAUUCAUACAACUUCACCCGCCAAACUUCAAUGCUGCCGCCAAGAAGGAGUUGGAGUACAAGGUGUCGAUGCGGUAUUCACAAGGAGGAGACGGAAAGCCGCCCCCCUCUCAGGUUCUGGCGGCCCUGGACCUGAUUCGCCUCCUCGCCGACAGGCCACCGAAUGCACUGGCCCUCUACAUAUACCGUGUCGGGUCAGCCUUCACCAAGGACGAGGAGACAUGCGUGACUUACCUCCAGAACCGACCUUCCAACAUCCAACUGUCCGAAGAACAAGUAUCUGCCGCGCUUCUUUACACCACCAUCAGCCAGACCCCGCCACACAAACCCUCGAUUCUCGUUGCGGCCCUGAGGCGGAUACUGCCCGACAGCUUCCAGUGGCAGGAUGUCGUUUCGUAUUUCGACCAUGCGAAUGCACGCGUAACUUCGGCGCAGUUUCUGCGGUUAUACAAUGCAUUAUUACCCAUCGCGCUCGAGCAUCUCGACAGGUUCAACAUUCAACGGCUGUGGGGCGGAGAAUGGGAGAAUCCCGAAACCCAGCUGUCCUUCAUUUGCGCCUAUGCCUCACUCACCCCGGAGCAACUGGAUGCCACAACCAUCCCAGGCCUCAAGCCGACGUUUACGGUGGACGAAUACGUACAAUCCGACCGGGCAAUUCAGGAAAUAGCUGCCCUCGCUGUUAGACACCCACUGGUAUCCGAGGCUGCUUUGUCUGCUGUCUUCAAUGUGGCUCUGCACUCGAUGCAUGCCUCACAGAGCACAGAGGCGAAGCGCCUGUUUCAAGACGUCGUUGUGCCUAAUCUACAUGUCUUUGUCACCUCAGCCUUUGGGGUUCCUAAGCCGUGGCCCACAAUGGCCGAAGAGACGCUGGCAUCGCUAUUUGAGGGGUUUCUGAUCAACAAGACACCGACCUCCGACUUUGUGAUGGAAAGCCUCUGGAGACGGGACAAGGUGUGGGUCAUGCAGCGGCUGGAAGAACAGCAUGCUCUCAAGCCUAUUGUCUUGCCAACCAUCUUCGAGUUUGCGGUGAGGCACAAGUGGCUCCAGGAGCUGGUUUUCCUUCCCACUGGCUUCGGGCUUGAUCUCGUUGCCUAUGCGCAUGCGCAAGGUUUUCUGAACUUGGAGCAGUGGGCAAGCCAGAACGCUGAGCGACCCGGCGAGAUGGCCAGGGCCAUAAAUCAGUUUCUGUUGAUAAAAACGAACCUGGAGCAGACGUAUCAGCGGAGCGGAGACAAUGGACAAGCCCACACACCCUUGCAGGUCAAAACAGUCUAUAUGAUGCUCGACAUUUUGGACAGGUUCAACCUGAAAGCCCCUGUUGUGGAUCUGAUUAAUGUUCAGAGACACUGCAUAACAGCUUACCCCCGCCUGAUUAACUAUGGGGAAGGUUACGACGACAUCAUCGAUGACAAUGGGCGGGGCGGGAAUAUGCUUGCACCAGCAGCCACGACCAGGAUGGAAGAACACUACAAGAAAAUGUACGGCGAUGAAUUGCAGGUUCGCAGUGUGGUCGAGGUUCUCGAACACUACAAGCAUUCGCGUGUGCCGCUGGAGCAGGACAUUUUUGCGUGCAUGAUUCACGGUCUGUUUGACGAAUACGCCCAUUAUGUCGACUAUCCUCUCGAGGCCCUCGCCACUACAGCAGUGCUCUUCGGUGGGAUAAUCUCUCACAAGUUGAUAUCGAGACUCCCCCUCAAAAUUGGUUUGGGUAUGAUCUUGCAGGCCGUCAAGGAGAAUCGUCCCGAGGAGCCCAUGUACAAGUUCGGUCUUCAGGCCCUCAUGCAGCUCUUUGGCCGGCUGCGGGAAUGGCCUGCGUUCUGCAAGGACUUGAUCCUGAUACCUGGACUACAGGGAACGGAGGCGUACAGGAAGGCGGAAGAGGUGGUUCGAGAGCAUGACGAGGAGUUGGCCCGAACCCUUCGCAACGGUCUUCCAGCCAUCGCCGGCAGUGACAAGCAACUGACCAAUGGCGGUCUGGAGGACAGUCUCAGCUCGGAACAGCACCCUCCCCCGUUCCUGUCCAUCAAUGUUGGCCCACCUCCCGCCGGGAUCAACUACGAAGACCCCACGCCCGAUGCCCAAGGCAAAAUCCAGUUUGCUCUCAAUAACGCCACCGACACGACCCUGCAGUCAAUAUUCAAGGAGCUCCAGAAGAUGCUGGAUGUCAAGCACCAGCAGUGGUUCGCCAGUCACCUGGUGGAGGAGCGCGCCAAGAUGCAGCCGAACUACCACCAUGUCUACCUCGAGCUGGUGAAGCAGUUUGAGGAUAGGCUGCUGUGGACCGAAGUUCUGAGGGAGACCUAUGUCAGCGUCCAGCGCAUGCUCAACUCUGAGCAGACGCAGUCGAAUUCGACCGAGAGGACUCACCUCAAGAAUCUGGGUGGCUGGCUUGGCCUGUUGACCCUUGCUCGUGACAAGCCUAUCAAGCACAGCAACAUUGCCUUCAGGCAACUGCUGAUCGAAGCCCUCGAUACCAAGCGUCUCAUUGUCGUCAUCCCCUUUGUCUGCAAGGUCUUGACCCAGGCAGCCAACUCGAACGUGUUCAGACCGCCGAACCCCUGGCUCAUGGACAUUAUCCACCUCCUAAUUGAACUCUAUCACAACGCCGAGCUCAAGCUCAAUCUCAAGUUUGAGAUCGAGGUGCUCUGCAAGUGUCUCGAUCUCGAUCAUGAGGCGAUCGAGCCAUCUGGUGAGAUCUUGAACCGGCCUCCUCUCGAGGACGUGGGUGACUUGGUUGGGCCAGAUAAUCUCGACAGUUUUGAGAGCCUAUCCCUCAACGGCAUGACGGGAGUGAACAGCUCACUUGUCUCGCACCCGGCUCUUGCCAUCCCCGACUUGGGGCCCAACCUGAGCGUCCCGUCCACCGAGGUUGUCAGCGCCGCGAAGCUGCACGACAUUGUCCGUCAAGCUCUCACGCGCGCGCUGCAAGAGAUCAUCCAGCCUGUUGUGGAUAGGUCUGUGACCAUUGCCGCCAUCUCUACGCAGCAAAUGAUCCGCAAGGACUUCGCAACCGAGGGCGACCCGGACAGGGUUCGGAUGGCUGCCGUCAACAUGGUCAAGUCUACUGCUGGGAGCUUGGCACUUGUAACCUCCAAGGAGCCAUUGCGCGCCAACUUCACCAACUAUCUCCGCCAGCUCGCCUCGGAGCUUCAUCAGGGUCUCCCAGAAGGUAUCAUCAUGCUGUGUGUCAACUCCAACAUGGAGCUGGCUUCCAGCAUCAUCGAAAAGUCGGCCGAGGAGCGCGGUGUCCCCGAGAUUGAGGACUUGCUCGCAGAAGAUCUCGAGGCGCGCCGCCAUCACCGCAUCAACCGACCCAACGACCCAUUCAUGGAUCCCCGCCUGAACCGCUGGGCCUGGACUAUCCCCGCUCCUUUCAAGCUGCAGCCCAGCUUGAGCGGCCUCAAUGAUGAGCAAAUGGCCAUCUACGAUGAUUUUGCUCGGCAAUCAAGGGUAACUGCUGCUGCGGCUGCUGCCGCCGCCGCCGCCGCCGCCGCCGCCUCUGUUACGCCUUCGCACGUUCCUUCAUCGUCGGAUGCGAGAUCAAUUGCAAACGAAGUCCUCGGUGACCAGUACAACUCGGUGUCCACCAUUCCUACCCCUGCUGAAACCCCAUCGCUUCCCCACAUGGGCGUCCAACCUCAGCAUUACCCUCCUGUUCAUGCUGGCAUGGUAAAUGGCCGACAACCUGGCAUCAGCCCUGUCGACGCUCGGAACGUGGCGGAACGGGUGAACAGCUUGUUGGAAAAGCUGGCGACUGCCGUCAGCAACACGGCCGAGGAGCACUUUGAGGACCUCCCUCGGACCCAUGAAGUUAUCAACAUUCAUGACGCCGUCGUCCAGCUUACAAUCAAGACUCAACAGACAUCUGAUGAAUUUGCAGUCUAUGUGGCGACCCAAAUCUCCGGGCUUCUCUUCCGCCCGCAGCCCGAACCCACUUCCCUCCUCUUGGAGACUCUGGUUCACGUGCUGGAGACGCUGCGAAAGGUUGCGGGCCCGGCGACGAGUCAACAGAUCCGCUGGCUGUUUUACCAGCAGUCAGGUAGUACUUUUUUGAAUCUGCCCCUGAUCUCGGCGCUGCUCAGAACGGACCUCAUUGAUUGGCACAGCAUCGAUGCAGCCAUGGCCAAGGCGUUGAAUGAACGGAGCAGCGGUUCCAUUGAGUUUCUGGAGUCCUUGAUGGAUCUUACGCUGUUCAGCGAGGCCCCUGUCAAUCUCUAUACCGAUUUCGUUCAGAGCUUGGAGGAAGCCUGGGCGUGGAUAACUGAAGAGCCUGAAGUGCCAGGUGGCCAGCGGUUCAAGGCCAAGGUGCUGGGGCCUUCGCCCGAGAUUCAUCCUGACCGAACCCCCGAGGCUCAGUUCGAGCAGUUUGACUACAUCUUUGAGGAAUGGGUGCAGCUAUGCAACAACGACUGCGCCUCGGAAAAGGCUGCCACAAAGUUUGUGCAACAGUUGAACUGGCGGCGGCACAUUGUCACCAAGGAGGACUUUUUCGUCUUUGCGAGGCAAGCAAUCGACAAAUCCGUCGACCGUGCUGAGCAAAGUGCCCACCUAGGUGAAGGCUUCAGCGACGAGAGCUUCCAGGCAGUUGACGCUCUCGUCAAGAUGAUCCUCAUCUUCACUCAGUCCCACGACGCUCCUGGCACCAGCGAAUCAUCGCGUGUCGCCUUCCUGGACUCUGUCCUUGCUCUUGGUGUGCUUGUGUUGAACAACCACCACGUUAGACGCGGGGACGCUUUCAACCCACGCGUGUUCUUCCGCUUCUUCUCCAAUCUCUUCCACCAGAUCAUGAACCUGACGGAAAGAUUCUCAGACAGUGAAAGCGAAAAGAUAGUGCUCAACUUUGCGGCACGUCUAUGGGACCUUCGGCCGGUUGUGUACCCUGGCUUCUUGUUUCAAUGGAUGGGUCUCUUGGCUCACCGCGCCUUUCUCCCAGCGAUCAUGCGCAUGCCCAACCAGGCAGGCUGGGAGCCCUUCACCAAGCUCCUCACCCAUCUCUUCUCUUAUCUCUGCAACAUGCUGAAAGCUUUCGAAGUGUCCCUUGCCGCUAAGGACCUGUACUCGGGCACGGUGAAGCUUGUGGCUGUGCUUUUCCACGACUUCCCGGAGUAUCUUUCUGCCUACCAUGUGCAGCUAUGCCAGUGCCUGCCCUCGCAUGCCACACAGCUCAUCAACAUGAUCUUGUCGGCGUCCACGACGCCGUUCGACAAGGUGCCCGAUCCCUUUCGGCCGGGACUCAAGAUUGAUCGGAUCCCCGAGAUGAAGGACCCGGUGGUGAGCCUUUAUGACUGCGCCGGCCAGCUCAAGGAACUAGGGCUCUAUGACAUCCUGGAGCAGUCAUUGCAAAACGGACCCUCGGAGGACGCCAUCGCCCAAAUUACGCACGCGAUGCACCACGCCGAUACCGACCUGACCACGUUUGGCUUUGUGCCUGUCAAUGUCGACCGCCGAGUUGUCGACGCCGUGGUUUCCCACAUCGCCAACGCGGCCUCCCAACGCGCUGUUAACAACAGUGACGCGCCCGUGUUCGUGUCCGGGGCUCCCGACGUCAAGACUCUGCACAUGCUGGUCACCGAGGUGCCGGCCGAGACACGGUACUAUCUUCUCAGCAGCAUGGUCAACGAACUCCGGUUCGCCAACGCGUCGACAAACUAUUUCAGCCAUGCCAUCGUCGAAAUUUUUGGUCACGAUCUUGACGACCCGGAGGAGACAGAGAUUCGGCAGCAGAUUGUGCGAGUUCUCUUGGAGCGCAUGGUUGGGUACUGGCCCCAGCCAUGGGGUCUCGUGGUCACGAUCCUCGAGUUGCUCAAGAAUGAAAAGUUUCAUUUCUUUGAGCUGCCGUUUAUCAAGGCGGCUCCUGAGGUUGCCGCCCGCUUCGAGGCUAUCCUCCGCCCCGUUGUGGCGUAGAACGUUGUAAUGUAGUACACAACUCCGGCUUCUCAAACCUUGACGAAGGAGGAACCUCGUGCUUCUGCACGGCCAAGGCAGAGUUGCAUUGCACGGCUGGGAGGGAGAUUUUCCAAGAAACACCCAGGCGGGUACCGGAGGGAGUUGUUACUUGCAUAAUGACAUGGCGUAAUAUUUUUUUUUUCAUCACGGAUGCGCGCGUUUAUGGUCAUUUUGGGGCGUGUCUUAGAUACGUGAAUCAUGGAUUGGGGCGUUUGGGUUGGAAGAAAUGUUUAAGGGCGGGGAGUUUGUUGUGGCUGUGUAGUAUUAGGCUUUAGGGUUGAGCGCUCAUAUAAGCGGGGUGUUUGCGUUGAGGUUUUGAGGGGUUGUGCUUGUAGAAUUAUGCCAUGAGAGGGAAAAGCGAGUGAGAAUAAAUAGUCUUGUGCUGUGCUGGAGUGUCGGGUGGUGUGACUGAUGAUGUGAGGACAUGAUGGCUUUGUUGAGAUGCUCUAUAUUCAAGUAAGUGGUGUAGGUAGUCUUUUGAAUCUUCCUUGAAGGGGGUUGA